AGGCAGCAGCAGCAGCAGCAGCAGCAGCAGCAGCAGCAGCAGCAGCAGCAGCAGCAGCAGCAGCAGCAGCAGCAGCAGCAGCAGCAGCAGCAGCAGCAGCAGCAGCAGCAGCAGCAGCAGCAGCAGCAGCAGCAGCAGAUCCCAAUGAUCGCGCUGGCAUGCGACUUCCGGGAGCUGAGAGAGAGGGAGUUCAACCUUACGGACAAGAUGGGACAAGAGCUGUGCGGGAGGAACGGGAAGAAGCAGCAGCUGCUGCGGUGGACUUCUCUUGAAUCUCCUCCUCCUCCUCAGAGACUUGAAGCUGCCUUCGAUGCAACGAGGACAGACAUGUCCUCCUUGUCCGCCGACAGCGGCCUGAGGCAGCUGUCUCCUCCUCCUCCUGUUCCCAACUUGACAACAGCUACUCCCUCCGACUCUCCCGCCGGCACUCUUCUCGUCUCCCCCCUCGCCAUCCGCAACCUCCCCAAGACCGAUCGCUUCGGCCGCUGCGAUCCCUUCAUGGAGGUCUGGCUCAACGACUCCGUGCAGCUGACGAGCGUGAAGAAGAACACGUGA